AUGCGCUUCUCCAUCGGUCUCAUUGCUCUCACUGCUGCUACGGCGAAUGCCCUGGUGCCUGCCCCUACCCUCACCCUCCGUCUCUCAGACCUCACCUUGAUCGUCACCAAUCUGCUCGGCCCCGUGGACAAGAUCUCUACCGGUAGCAUGGUCCCGUUCCUGAGCGGAAAUGGCCCGGUCUAUACACUCGCCACCGACCUCACGAAGGGUGUCCAGAUCAGUAGCCAGCUGUUCAGUGGCUCCGGAUUCACCUCCUCGGACUCGCUCACCCAUGCCACCACCGACCCGCUUCUCGCAGCUGUCGUCAAGCUCGCCGAUUCUACGACUGUGCUGAUGAACGGAAUCAGUUCUAAGGGCAACGUUUUCUCCAGCUCCCCCCUGGUUGCCAUCCCUGUCAAUGCAUUUAUCGCGAGCACCAAGAACUCCUUCGACAAUCUCUUGAAUGCAAUCACUGCCGCAUUGGCUACCAGUUCGGCUGCUCAGGACGGUACGCUCAAUAAGGCUAUUGCUUCCAUCGCCACCAUGGACACAGCUUUCCAGAAUGCCCUCGAUGCCACGAAUGUCCUUUCUACGUAG